AUCUCCCUGUGGUAAGAAGCUGUCCUCCCCUCCGCUGCCUCCUCCAACACUGCCAGUCUGGUUGACGCCUGCUGCCGGUACACCUGCACAUACACAUACACACACACACACAGAGGAAUGAGAUGUGGAGUGUUGCUAUGAAGGAGGCGGAUUUACAUGAAGGACAGCGCAGAGACAACUGGAGUGGAGGAGGGGGAGUCACACACAUUGGGACAAGAACAUGACUUGAAGAUGAGCGAUACUCAGGCUGAGUUGGAGGAGAAGGACUGUCCUCCACCAGAGGAAUUAGAGUGUAAAAUCUGUUACCAACGCUACAAUGCCAACAACCGCAAGCCUAAGAUCCUGGACUGCCUGCACCGGGUCUGCGCCCGCUGCCUCGUUAAGAUCCUGGACAUUGCCGACGGGGCAGGCUUCAUCUCCUGCCCCUUUUGCAGACACCAAACCGAGAUCUCAGAGUACGAGGUGUCAGCCCUCCCUGACGAUGCUAUCAUCAUGUCCCACUUGGCAAUGCGGGACAAAUCCUGGAGCUCCGACCACAACAGGGAGGUGGUACUGACUCCAACAAGUUUCUCCUCCUCCAGUCCGUCUCACUCCUCCUCCAACUGCCUGGUCAUCACCAUAAUGGAAGUGCAGAGGGACUCACAGCACUCCCCAAGCCGAAAUGGCAGUUCUGAAGUCUAUGCUGAGCAGAGCCUGGACUCUGUAUCAAUGGGCUCCAAUGGGCAGGCUGAUCAGGAUGCCUUGUCCAAGUUCUGUAAUCAUGUCCCGCGCAUCCUGGUCUGGCUGCUGGGUUUCUUAUACUUCGGCUCACUGCCUCUAGGAAUCUACUUGUUGGUGAUCCAGAGAGUGACACUGGGCAUUGUAUGUGUUAGCUUGGUGCCAUCAAGCCUGACGGUUUGCCUGGUCUAUGGGUUCUGCCAGUGUCUGUGCCAGGGCAUGUGUGACUGCUCCUCCAGGGGCUGAUAGGAUGCUACCCGAGAACUGGCGGUCCUACGAUGGGAUAAAGUCUACUGCAGUAAACACGUAUUUGAUGUGUUUUGUGAAUAGAUAGGGGGCCCAAAGGUAAAGAUGAUGCCCUCUUUUAAACAGACUUUACAAGCGUAUCAGUCAAUUAUCUUCAUGCAAACAAUGGGCCAUUAAAGAGAACUAAGAUCGUAUUGGUCCGUGCUUUUGUUAGGCCGACCACCGCAACUCAGAAACCAGUUUGGCCAACAGGAUCAGAGCCCCUGACAAGAUGUGCUAGGCUGAAUUCACACCUAAUCCGGUGGUGCGAUGAAAACGUAAGUCCUUCCAUUCAUUUUGAAUGGAGGUAGUGCCGCAGGGGAUGCCGAAAAGUGGAAACAGAAUGAACUUUUGGAGAAGCGCAACCCGCUUCACGCUGCGUUGGCCAAUCACGUAACCAGCGAUACAGAGCUGUAUAACCCAGCCAUGAGGGAACAAAAGACGUUAAUUGUCGUGCAGUCAAUGGGUCAUUAAGUGACUCUCCCAGACCACCGCACAACCCUGCAGCGCAUCGUCGCAAUGCUUGAUCUGGUGUGAAUGCAGCCUUAGUUGGAGUGGCACCUAUACCUGCAUUUCUGUGAUGUAUUUCUGUAACCUUUAUUUGUUCUGUGCUGUGUGUAUGACCUAGUCCAACAUAACAUUUGAGAGCAGACCUUUAAUCUUUGACUUACAAAAUGACAGCACUGAUAAGAGUCCGGGGCCCUCAUUUAUCAACACUGUGUACCAACAAAAAUCUUGCAUGCAAUCAUUUUUAAGUGAAACGUGGGAUUCACAUUAACAGUCUGAGUAUUUACUUGGUUUACCAAGGAGGCUCAUAGGUUAAUUAUUGCAUAUAAGCAUUACUGGAUAUUUGGGAGUUCCCAAAAACUAAAAUGGAGGAAAAUCAAUGUUGAUGGUGGCGAUUUUGGCCACUAGUUAAUAUCAAGGGUAUCUCUUAGGGGGUGCUUUCACACCUAACCUGUUUGGUUCGGUUUAAAACAAACUCAGAUCCAUUUGUCCGGUUAUUACAGUUUGUUUGGGCUGGUGGGAAAGCUAUCAAUCGAACCCUGGUGCGGACCAAACAACCAAACCGAGACCACCUGGAAAGUGGGUCUUGGUCCACUUCCAAGCGGACUCUGGUGCGGUUUCGUUUGUGGUGUGAAAGCAGACGAACCAACCACAGGAUUUUAUGAUAGCAGAUGUAUGAUUUUAGCAUGAUUUCAAAAGCUAAACUACUAAUGAAUACAUUUGCUAAUCGGGAAAACUGUUGAGGAAGCGAUCUGUAUUCACGGCCAUGUAUACAAGCACGUCAGCUUGCGUAUUUUCCCUUAUUAAUAGGUCAAAAGCUGUUAAAACGGCUGUGCUUGUAUCCGACUCCGUGCAGUUUGUCAGUUUAAAAAAAAAAAACAUUAAAAAGUGUGUGACAGCGAUCCCACAGUUCGGCAAUCGUGCGCAAGUCCGUGAGCUUCCCGAUGCUCACACAAUGCGUUUGUACCUGUCAGUCUGUAUAACUUCAUGUUUACUUUGUAAAAAUCGGUGUUAUUAGGAACCGGACCAGAACUGAAAUAAUUUUUUUCCUGGGUCUGGAAAAAAUUAAUCGAACUACAGGUGUGAAAGCACCCUUAGACACCGAUUAACAGUAAAAAUACUGCAAAUAUUUAUUUUUCCAUUUACUUUUAAUUUAGUUCUUCACGUCCAUAAGCCAACAUUCAUGGCAGCACUACAUGUUGCGAAAUAUGUCUUCUCUCUGUUAAAGCUACAGUCCUGGUAACUCAAAGCUGAAUAUAUGUAUGGUCUUGCUAUCAGCUCCUAGAAAUGCAUGGAGGAAAAGCAUUGGUGCGCUGAUAUUUAUGGGUUGAAAGGUAUCAGUCUGUUGAACCUGUUGAUAUAAGUCUGUCCCUUGCAACAUCUUUAUAUCCUGGUUGAAACACUGCUCUUCCAGGGAAAUGUGAUUGACAGAUCAUGAAUUAGCGAGAAAAGCUGCUUUCUAAUUUCUUGUUAUUGUUGAACAAUGCAAGAAAUAUUACAGGAAAAGUCUGUCCAUUUGGCUGGAUUUUUCACCAUAAUGUUCCAGGUAAGGAAGAAAAAGGAUAUCUGUAUGCGGUGCACAUUUCAGCGAGGACUAAAUACAAAUUACCAAAUCAACUGUGAAUUGGCCGUAAUAUUUUAUUGUCACCUAUUUUACUGUCACAGCAGUGGCUUGGGGCACACAAUGAGGUUGUUAGUAUUGCUUAUUGAAUGUGCGCCUCUCUCUCUCUCUUUCUCUCUCUCUUUUUCUCUUUCUCAGCCUCAAAUACAGACACGCACCAUUCAGAGUUGUCGUGUUGAAUGCAUUUGGUGCAUGUGAUGCAUAAACCAGACUCAUAUCUCAGGUUUUUUGAUACUCUUUUAAUGUUAAGCAACACAUUUUCCAGUCAGUUCUUUGUUGGGUUGAACAUAGCAAGGCUGCUCUGUUGUAUUUUACUGGUUGUAAAAGCUCAACUGGCUCAAAAUGUAGGGUUCAUGGCUAUGGGAGUUCUCUGUUACCUUCAUGCUGGAAGUCACAUGCACAUACUGCCAUACUAAAGCCAUGUGGAUUUGUUGUUGUGUGGCACCUCAAGGUCGUGUGCAUUAUUUAUGUGGCAUCUUGAUUUUCUUUUGCAUGUUUAAACAAACGCUCCCAAAUAAAACAAAUGGACGUCUGGAAGAAAGGUCACAAUAAA